GCCCACAGCGCGGAGAAGAUUAUCUUAUCAUUCUGCCUUGAAUUAAGUAAAGAAAAAAAAAGAAAAAAACGGGAGCCGACUCUUAUCGUUCACUUAAAAGAGCCGGCUUAAAGAGCCGACUCGUUCGUAACCAACACCUCACUAGUGACGUGACAACAAGGCAGAGCAGACCAGACCGAGCUGUUAGCUGUUAGCACAGAUCAGCUAGUUUGUUGACUUUCGCAACUCCUCGUUCUUCCUCAACAGCAGAGCAGAGACACGAUAAAAUGGACAAUAGCGGGAAAGAUAAGGAAGCCACGGCUCUAGUGGCCGAGGCAGAGAAGAAGAUGAAGUCGUCGUCGUCGUUUUUAGGAGCGAUCUUUGGGAGUUCCUCCAAGAUGGAAGAGGCCUGUGACCUGUAUGUGAGGGCAGCCAACAUGUACAAAAUGGCCAAAAAUUGGUGUGGUGCAGGAAACGCGUUUUCCCAAGCUGCUCGCCUGCACCUCCAGAUGCAGAGCAAACACGAUGCAGCGAGCAACUUCAUAGAUGCUGGAAACGCCUUCAAAAAAGCAGAUCCACUAGAGGCCAUAAACUGCUUCAACCUUGCUAUUGAGAUAUACACCGACAUGGGGCGCUUCACCAUCGCAGCCAAACAUCACAUCAGCAUUGCUGAAAUAUAUGAGACAGAGAUGGUGGACAUCGACCAGGCCAUUGCUCAUUAUGAACAGGCAGCUGAUUAUUACAAAGGUGAAGAAUCCACCAGUUCAGCAAACAAGUGCCUUCUGAAAGUAGCAACCUACGCAGCUCAGCUGGAGAAGUACCAAAAAGCGAUUGAGAUUUAUGAACAGGUUGGAACCCACGCAAUGGACAGUACUCUGCUGAAAUACAGUGCCAAGGAUCACUUCUUCAAGGCAGCGCUCUGUCACUUCUGCGUAGACAUGCUGAAUGCAAAACUUGCUAUGCAGAAGUACGAAGAGAUGUUUCCGGCUUUUUCAGACUCUCGAGAAUGCAAGCUGUUGAAGAAACUUCUAGAUGCCUGUGAAGAACAGAACGUGGAAGCCUACACUGACUCGGUGAAGGAGUUCGACACCAUCUCCCGGUUGGACCAGUGGCUCACCACCAUGCUGCUCCGCAUCAAGAAAACCAUACAGGACGACGAGAGCGACCUUCGCUGACCGCGCUCCCUUCUCAUAACCUCAAGCCCUCAACUACCGACUUGCAUCCUUCUUUUUGCCUCGAGCCUCUCACUUCCAUUCUAGCGGCAAUCUUAAUAGUUUGACCAUUAGCCCCUUCUAUUCCCUCACAGAUACUGUGUUUCUCUCCCACCAUGUGCAGUAUUUGUUCUUGCCUUUUUAAUUCGUUCAGCUCAAUGCUCCGGAAAGUAUGAUCGUUACAAACACUAUUUUCCCCGUGUGCACACUGCAUACAGUAUGUUAGUUGUAUAUUGUUAUGUUUCAGGUAUUGGCCCAAUAUUAGUUAAGAUAUUCAUAAUGGGCUGCAAUACCAAAUACUCAUACCAGCACAAUUAUAUAAUAAAG